GGGCGGUAACUCUAAACUAAAAAUUAGUUUUUGUCCAGACACACAUGUGAGACGAUUUGUUUAGAUUUACCAUGGCAAGCGAUUCGUCGAUGUCAACCAUUUUUACCGACUUUCAGAAAUAUUUAGACGAUGAACAAGAAAUCCGAGAGCGAAUCCGAGUCCUGGUGCGUGACUUAGAGCAGACGACACGAGAGAUCCAUACUCAACUUCAGCUUGUACAUCAGCAGGGCGGCAUCAAACAAGUACAGGAUCACUGCAAGAAGGCCGAAGCUUCGUUUGCUACACUGAGGGAACAGUACAGAAAGCUGGCCGAGGUUGUUCCGUCAGGGCAGUACUAUAGGUUCCAUGACCAUUGGAAGUUUUCUAUGCAACGAUGCUGUUUCUUAUCGGCAUUCAUUACCUACCUUCAAACAGAAAAGCUUGUGACAAGGGAGGAAACUGCGGCAAAACUAGGAGUUGAGCUCUCCAGGGACAACGGAUUUCACAUGGACCUGGAUGACUUCUUGAUAGGCGUUCUUCAGGUGGCUAGUGAACUGUCACGAUUAGCUGUUAAUGCAGUGACAGCUAGUGAUUAUUCUCGACCUUUGCGGAUUGCAAAAUUUGUAGCUGAAUUAGAUGCUGGUUAUAGACUGUUAAAUCUAAAGAAUGAUGCUUUACGAAAACGCUUCGACGGACUGAAAUAUGACCUGAAGAAGGUAGAGGAGGUUGUAUACGAUCUCACCAUAAGAGGUCUCAAGCCUACAGAGGACCCACCGAAGGAAUGAAGGGGCAUAACUCUUGUUUGCUUGGACUUUAAUACAAUUGUUAGAACUUCGGUAAUUGUCCUGUAUGAUGUUACAGUGAGAGAAACUGUAAAUUGGCUUCUGUGUACAACGCAAUUCAGAUAUUAAAACCAACUUUUGAGUCUAUGAUUUUAUGGAGAGUGGACCAACAAUAUGUGAAUAUUUUUGGGGGUGAAGUAUGAGACAAAUAGCACAGAAACUUGGUCACAGCAUCUGAGUAUUGUUUUUCCACGUCUAGUAAUUUCAUUUGAACUUAAAGGGAUCAGAAUCCCCUUCAAAGUUGAUUAUACAAACAGUGCAUAUGGCCGCUGGAGUUUGUGUCACCGUUUCUGUCACUUCAAGCUGUAGAUCAGAGCAAGAGAUUCUGCUGUUUACCGUCAGAUGUGGUAUUAAGUAAUCAUAACUUGCUGUUUUUUGCAUUUAUUUUGGUGCAUUUUGAUAUUGUAAAAUCCUGCUAACUUGAACACAUGGCCCAAUUUGUUCAAAGGUUGGUUGACUUGAACCAGUUGUUCCUUAACAAAAAUUCUAACUGUUGCCACAAAAAACAAGGGGUUUUCAAAGAAAACCUAAUCCUCAAAGUACAUCAAUAUAAACUUUCUCAACAAAUCCACUGACGAAAUAGCGGAUAUUCUUAAUUUUGUUGUAUUCAUUUUUUGAAACUUUCCCUAACCACUGGGUAACUCUAGACCAAGCUUUGUGCAUUUACCAUGGCCUGGGUUCAAGGUCAGUUGUUUCGGGAAAACAUGGUACAUGUAUUAGAUGAAUUCAACAGUGGUCCGAUAUCACCACAUAUAGAUCUGUAUAACCGGGAGGAACAGUGUUAUGCAGCCUUAUGCUGUUAGGGAUGAAUUACGCAAGAAAUUGAAAGAAAAGAGAAGAUUCACAUUCACUACAUUUAAUAUGAUAUAAAACUGUUUAACAGUUAAUACAUGGUUGUCACUUACAUACAUCUCAGAAACUCACCAAUAUAACAAGUGCUUUAUGAGGCUCAAGGAUGGGAAAUUGUAAUGUGAUGGUUCAGUUUUGUAUCGUUAAAUUUUGUAUUGAAGUAUUGCAAUAAAACCUCAAUUGAUCAUUUA